AUCGGUUUGUUGCGGCGCGGCUUCUGAUUUUGAGUCCAUGUCUGUCUUUUUGUUCUUGUGUAUUUUCAGUUCUACACCAGAGUGGUGGUGAGAGCACCAGCUUCUGGUUUUGAGUUUAUGUCUGUCUCUUUGUAUUUUUUGUUUUUGUAUGUCGGUUUAUCUUUGUUAAAAUCCACCUGCAGGAAUUCAGAACCUGGCACCGGCCCCCUGGCCAUCAUAAGUUUCCCUGAUUCCAAAAGCAGCCCCAUUGCUGGAGGAGAUGGUGGCUGCCCCUCCCCAAGCCCUUUGUCUUCUCUCUUUCCUGUACAGGAGCAAAAGAAACCCAGAAUCCAGGCACCUCCUGUUCUUCCUGAUAUCCAGCCGAGCAUGACAGACUUCUCCCUCCUCCUCCCCUUGAGGAAGCACUUCGUUCCUGAGGAGCCCCGCUGGUCGGGCCCUAGCCCUGAAAACUUCAGUACUCAGAAUCUAUGCUGGGACAGGGGAAGGAUGAGAAUGACUUCCCAAGCAUUUCCCCUUCGCUCAGUAGCAGGCCAAUUACAAUACUGCCUUUUUCUGCCUCUAAUCUUUACUUACAACCCUUCCUUUUCUCGGGACCCUCAGGCCGUGACCAGGCUUAUAGAAUCUGUUCUGGUUAUUCAUCAGCCCACUUGGGAUGAUUGCCAGCAGCUCUUACAGGUGCUCCUAACUACAGAGAAAAAAAGAAUGUCCCAGGAGCUGACAGCAGGCCAACCCAAUCACCAGACAAGAAAGAGGAUGGGACUUCAAUACUCCAGCUGGGGCGAGAAGCGGGACUGUCUCCAUGGGUGUCGGGAAGGACUUGGGACAUAAAAUGGUAUUUAUCUGACCAGAGCCUGCUACUGCAGGCCAGACUAGACCCUCCCUAAAGGGGCCCUAGCUAUCCCUGCUGCUGCCCGCUGGACUCCGACCUCAUCUGGGCAGAUUCUUUAUGCAGCAGUUAACACAGAAACUGACAACUUGUCCAAGUGUAGAGAAUAAGUGCCUGGGAAGUGUUCAGCAACAAUGAGACAUUUAUACCAUGCUCCCUUCCCUCAAAGCUCAAGGGCUAUCUCAAAAGAAGGGGCAGAAGGGUCUAAAAAGGGUUUGGGAGAAGACAAGUAAAACUCUGUCUCUUGGACACAACAGGACCCUUGCACACAUGGGCUCAGAGCAGCUGUGACUGCCUUCACAAGACUUGUACAAGAUCAGGCCAGUCAGUAUUCCAGCACGGAGUGAAAAGGCAUUCAUGAGCCCCCGCCCCUAACUGAGGAGCUAUUGACAACUGAUGGCUGCUGGAAUUAAGAGGAAGUUUUCUUUAGGGUGUUACUCUGGUAGGUUCUCACUAAACUUCAGCAGGUAGCCCUACACCUCUCAGUAUAUGGGUAGCACACACUAGACUCAGUGGGAUAGAAAUAAAAAUAAAAAGAAGACAUGAAGUUAGGAGGGAGAGUGGAAAUGAGAGGUGUUAGGGAGGAGCAGAAAGUGAAUAUGACCAAAAUUCACUGUGUACAGGCUUGAAAUUAUCAAAGAAUUAACAAAAAUAUUUUUAAAAGAAAGUAUUUAGGAUGCAAAUAAAAAAUAAAAAUAUACAUACUAAAUAAAUUAAAUGCAGAAAAUAUAA